CACUAUUUCCGGUCAGAAGAACUUCGCCAGAGAAAAGUUCGAUGGUUUUGCAAACGAAAUAGAGUAUUUUACUUAUAAAAUGGAGCAAGCGCCGACCUUAGAUACUGUAAAUCAAGCUUUACAAGCACUUUAUAACAAUCCUGAUGUUGUGGGAAAAGAAAAGGCUUCAGUUUGGCUUGGAGAGCUUCAGAGAUCUGUAUUUGCCUGGCAGAUAGCUGAUCAACUACUGCGCCUUAAUCAGUCCCUAGAAUCAUGCUACUUUGCAGCUCAGACAAUGAGGACAAAGAUCCAGUAUGCCUUUCAUGAACUGCCUCAGGCCUCACACCAGUCGCUGCGAGACUCACUACUAGAGCAUGCUGGGAAGAUUACCCCCGAGACACCGGCUGUUAUUGUUACACAGCUUAGCUUGGCCUUGGCCGACCUCGCCCUGGAGAUGGCCACAUGGAAGGAUGCUGUCUCAGAUCUCAUUCAGAAAUUUGGCUCAAACAUGCAGCAACUUCCAUUCCUGCUGGAGGUUCUCACAGUCAUGCCUGAAGAGAUCAAUAGCCGCUCCCUCCGUCUUGGGGCAAACAGAAGAACAGAGAUCACGGAGGAGCUGGGGAAGUCUUGCCCUUUAGUCAUACAGCUACUGGCUGCCUGUGUCGACAGCGUGGAGGGGAACCACCGGGUCCAGGCCAAAGUGUUCCGGGUACUUGGGAGCUGGUUCAGUGUCGGCGCUAUCCCCAGUGACAGCAUCCUCAACACUAAACUCCUGCAGGCUCCAUUCCAGGCACUGGCAAGUCGAGAGUGUCCAUCUCCCCUCCAUGAGGCAGCCACAGAUUGUGUGUGUUCCGCUCUGUACUGCACUGAGAGUUUGUCGAAGAAUCCCCAGAUGGCCCAGCACCUGUUUGAAGGAGUCCUUACUCUGCCCACCGCCUACCAUCUCUCCGUGGCGGACGAGGAUUCCGACAAGUCAGUCAACUACUGCAGGAUAUUUACAGAAAUGGCAGAAUCAUUUUUAGAAUCUAUUGUUUCCACACCUAAUCAGGCUCUUGGGGAUUUUAGAACGUUGGAACUUUUGUUAACCUGUGUCGGCCAUCAUUUGUACGAGGUUGCCGAGAUCACCUUUAACUUCUGGUACCGACUGUCAGAGGAGCUGUAUCAGCUGAACUCAGUCGACAUGAAUGAAAUAUUCAAGCCCUACAUCCAGAGACUGAUUGUAGCACUAUCACGGCAUUGUCAGAUGGAACCCGAUCAUGAAGGGGUUCCAGAUGACACGGGAGAUUUUGGGGAGUUCCGUCUCCGAGUGUCUGAGCUCAUCAAAGAUGUAGUAUUCAUUGUUGGGUCCUCGUCCUGCUUUUCACAGAUGUUUGAGAACCUGAAGAACCAGGCCACAUCCUCCUGGGAUCUGUCCGAGUCCUCCUUGUUCGUCAUGAGCGCCGUCGCCAAAAAUAUUCUCCCAGACGAGAAUGAGAUAGUGCCUCAGGUGUUAGAGGCCGUGUUGUCACUCCCGAAUACAGCCCACGUCGCUGUCCGGUAUUCCAGUGUCCAGCUCAUUGGGGAACUCUGCGAAUGGAUAGAGAGACACCCACAGUAUCUAGACCCAGUAUUACAGUAUCUCCUGGCCGGCCUCCAGCAGCCCCCUCUCGCCUCCAUAUCUGCCAACAGUCUACAGAGCAUCUCCACACAGUGUCGAGACCACAUGAUCGAACACUUCGCCGGACUCAUACAGAUAGUGCAGGCAAUGGGCACCUUCAAUCUCUCUAAUGAUGCUGCCAUAGGACUACUGAAAGGUACAGCCACUAUUCUGGGCCGCCUUCCUCACGGUAAAGUCACGGAGGGCCUUCAACAGCUGUGCUCCAUACAGUUAUCUCCCCUGAAUAAAUUAAUAUCUGAAGAAACUGGGCCAGUGAAGCAUGGCUCAAUCAACGACCCUACACUAUGGCUGGACAGACUAGCUGCAGUCUUUAGGUUUACAAACCCCAGUGUGUCCAACGGGCAGGUCCAUCCAUGUCAGCCGGUCAUACAGGAGGUAUGGCCAGUAUUAUCUAACGCAUGUAACAAGUAUCAAGCAGAUGUGAGGAUCAUUGAGAGGUGUUGUCGCUGUAUUAGGUUUGCAAUCAGAUGCCUGGGGAAGAACUCCGCAACAUUGUUAACACCUUUAGUCACACAGAUGGUGAGUCUCUACCAGGUCCAUCAGCAUUCAUGUUUCCUGUACCUCGGCAGUAUUCUCGUAGACGAGUAUGGCACAGAACAAGGCUGUAUACCAGGGCUUCUAGACAUGUUGCAGGCUUUUUGCGGACCAACAUUUAAGAUUCUAGAAGAGCACAAUGGUCUUCGCAACCACCCUGAUACAGUAGACGACUUAUUCCGGUUAUGUCUUAGGUUCAUCCAGCGAUCGCCUGCAUCCUUCCUGCAGAGUCAGAUGGCCAAGCCUCUCCUGUGUUGUGCAAUAGCGGCGUGCUCCCUCGAUCACAAGGAUGCCAAUGCUUCCGUCAUGAAGUUCCUCACAGACUUCAUUAAGUGUGCAAGAGAAAAAGAAGACAAGGAGGACUUUGAGCUGCGGAAGACAGCAGUAUCAACGUUACUUAAUGAUCAUGGUCAAGCUUUAGUGCAUGCAUGCAUCAAUGCCUGCAUCUUCUGUCUGCCCACGUAUAUGAUACCGGAUGUAGCUGAAGUUCUGUACGAGCUGAUGCUGAUUGACAGGGCGACAUUCUGUGUAUGGCUGGAGACAACGCUGACCGCCCUGCCCACUGAGAGUAGUGGAGGAGCUGUCACGGCCACGAAGAAACAGCUGACAGAUUUCCAUAAAACAGUCACAAGUGCUGAGCAUCUCAAGCCUGUAUCCCAUGCCAUCAGAGAUUUCUCCCGCCUAUAUAGAUAGAAACAACUAGUUGUCUGGAUAACACUACACACAUAGACACAGCUAGUUGUCACUCAUGCAGUAUCCUGGUGCUAGUCAAUGCGUGUGACAGAAGCCAUUGUGUCCUGGGUCUCCAAGACUCCCACUGCUUAAGCAGGCCUUAAGUAGAUGUUAUGUUUGCCUUAGCUGAGCUUAAGUAUGCCUUAAGUUCUCCAGCUGUGAUAAGCGUUCAGUGUUGCAUGUGUCACAAAGCCCCCCGAAGGCCUCUCAUGUCCUGAUGCUUCACCUGACUAGCCGGGACCUGACUGAAGAUUUGAAGGCAAAAAAGAAAUCCUUAAGAGAUUUUACAGAGUAUGAAAGACUUUUGAUGGACAUGUUUUGAUGGUUGAAGAAACCCUGCUAGUUAUAUGCAUUCUCAGUCUUCGUUCGAAGGGGAAGCCUUGAGUUACAGGUGGAAUAUGAUGGUUCAUGAAAGCCCCCUCCUUGUGCUCUUGCUGCUCAAUGUAAUCCUUGAUGCUGAUACUCAACUGGAGUGAUAAUCUCGAACAGUCUAUGCCUGGACUCCACCACAGUAUUGGGCAUGUAUCAGUCCGGUGUCACCUCAGCAUGCUCUUCAGCAAUUCUAUAGAUAUGUGUGUCACACUGUAGUCUGUGUGAGAUGAAGACAAUUCAUCAUAUUCAGGGAUUUUGCUGGGUGGUACUGACAUCUGUAUUACCCAUAUUAUCCCAGGUAAUACUAACAUCGGUCAAACACAUACUAUCCCAUGUUAUACUGACACUGAUAUAAUCCAUACUAUACCGGGUUAUACUGACAUCUGUAUAACCCAUACUAUACCUGGUUAUACUGACAUCUGUAUAACCCAUACUAUACCGGGUUAUACUGAAAUCUGUAUAACCCAUACUAAACCUGGUUAUACUGACAUCUGUAUAACCCAUACUAUACCGGGUUAUACUGACAUCUGUAUAACCCAUACUAUACCUGGUUAUACUGACAUCUGUAUAACCCAUACUAUACCGGGUUAUACUGACAUCUGUAUAACCCAUACUAUACCGGGUUAUACUGAAAUCUGUAUAACCCAUACUAUAUCUGGUUAUACUGACAUCUGUAUAACCCAUACUAUGCCAGAUUUGACCUGUGUUUGUAGGAGUUUCGAACAUUGUGCUGACAUUGUGCUAAUUGUAACUGAAAUUCAAAACAGUAUUAAAUCUAUGUCAGCUUCUGAAGCAUAUUUGAAGCUGUAACAGAAUACUUGGAACAGAAUAGCUUGGGUGCACAGAAAAAUGUUGUUCCUCUGUUGACCAUAUAUAUAUCUGAAAGCAUGCUCUUACACCACUGUCAUAACUAGCCAGCAACAGCACUUACUACCAGGUGAUGCAUGAUAUGUUUAACCAUAUGGUUACAAUGUUAGUGACAGUCCAUGGGUUGACGAGUUGAAGUAUGAGUGUUGUCUGUUACUCACUAGUGUUGUAGUGUAUCCAGACAUUGUAUAUUACUUGACUGUGAUUUCUUUGGUCCACCCGGUCCAGAUGGUGAAUGCCAAAUGAGAUGGUGAAUGCCUUUCAUAAGUUGGCACCAGAAGGUGAAUACCAAUGUGUUGGGCAAGGUUUGGUGCAUCAGUUGCACAAGGUGAAUGCCAGAAGUAGGGGGAAAUGUCUUGGUAAAGACGAUAAAUGCCAUUGGUUCAUCAGCUUCUUAAAGUGAAUGCCAACAGAUGUGGUGAUUGUCUUUGAGACAUUGACAUCCGAAGGUAAAUGCCAAAAAGCUUAGGGAAUGCAUUUAAAACAUCAGCUCAGGAAAGCGCAUACCUUUGACACCUUACCUUGAGGAGAUGAAUGUCUUUGGUCCAUUGGCUUGAAAAGGUGAAUAUCUAUGGUCCAUUGGCUUGAGAAGGAGAAUGGCUUUGGAAUGAAUAUCAACUCAAGAAGAUCCAUUGGCUCCCAAAGGUGAAUGUCUGUGUUGCAUUCACUCCAGAAAAGGAAUGCCUUAGGCAUUGAAUGCUUCUUGGAGUUGAAUGAUUGCACUCGGAAUUAGGGUGUUAAGAGUACUUAUGCAUAGGUUUCUGAAUGGGGAAUGUCAAUUACAAUGCAGCUGUUAUAAAUUGCUGAGAUGUAGUUCGUGCUAGUGAAUAAGGAGGUUCUUGGGUUUUUUGCUGUUAAAUAUGCAGACACAUAAAAACAAUUCAACUGAAGAGACUUCAGGAGUGUGAAUGCUGGGCUUGCAAUACCAAGUCAGAACCAGCAAAGUAUAAAGAAUUCCAUCAGGUGUAUUGUCAAAUUGUGCAAUUAUCAGUAGUCGGAAGACACUGACUAAUGUCUGAAGAAUGUGACACAUCAAAAUGAGCACCAGCUGUAGUGGCUGAUCCUGUACAGAGAAGGAUGGCAUUGUGUUCGAUUGUCAUGGUCUUCCCUAAAUGAAAAGGAGUGUUGAUUUCAAUGUGGUUCUUAUACCAUAAGUGUUUUGUUCUGUGUCUCCAGUGCUGUUGUUGCAGUAGGGCUACAAGAGUGUUGCAUCAUGAAGUAUGACAGUUCUCCAGGCAACUGGUCUAUGAAGCAGUUCAAGCAUGUCAAGAGCUAUUUUUUAUCAAAUUUUCAUCUCAUUACUAUCCAAAGUUAGUCUUCCGAUCAUUUGUCUUGUAAGGUGCAGGCACAGAUGAUCUAGUGCUGUGCAGAGUUGCAUCCCUUAGCAUUGCCAGAAUCCUUGAUCGUGGAGUCAGUCAGCUCCAUACCAUGUUCUUUGGUUUCAACUCUAUCUUAACACCUACAAACUUCAUCACUUAAGGUAAUCCUCAACACUUGGCUGGCAUGCCAUGAUAUAACCCAUUUCUGGUGUCCCCUGUCGUGUUGCUGCUAUAUUGCUAAAAGCUGCAUAAAGCCAUACCCAUUCAUUCUGCAACUGUUGUGCUUCACACAUUCUCAUUAUGUUUAGAUAUGAUCAUAAUACCUCUAGCUGUGUCUAUAAAUUCGAUGCCCAUGUUCGUUGAAGGAAGUAAACCCAGACAAGAUUCUUUCCUGUUCAGCUUUCAUACAACAUACCAAGUUACAGAUGUCAAAACUAUGCAAGUAAGUAUAGUCAGAAACUAUAUAAAAACAUGAAAUUAAGUUCAAACAGAAUGGUGUUUAACAUAACCUUUUUUAAUUUUAAGACCGCUUUUGUUAAGUAUUUGUUGUCCUUGUGCAAAAUUAAGGACAAGCUCAUCUGUAAAACAAAUAACUGAUUGGUCUGGCCUGAUAUAGUUGAGAGCUGUCAUACUGAAUGAUGUGCCAUGCUGCUGAGGAACAUGUUCCUGUAAUGGAUGAGGUUUUGAAAUUUAUCAUGCUGUAAUUAGUGCUUGCUGUCUCAAAUUAUUUUUUGCAAAGGAAUUGGUUGUGCUUUGAUGUGUAUUUUCUAUGUUCAAAUGAUACCAGAUGUCAACUGAUCAUGUGAUGUCUGAGAUUAUUGAAUCAAAACAAGAAAGUAGGUGACGCCACAGUUGUUUACAGUCCUAGGAAGUCUGGUGCUUUUGAACACCAGUAAUGCUCAAUCAAAAACCAUUGCGUUAGUUUGCAUGAUUCAAAUCUUGAUUCAUCUGGAAGCGAGAAACAAGUGUCUGAAUUUCAAAACCUAUGGAUGUAGUUGAGUGUUGAUAUUUGUCAUGUACAUUUUGUAAACUGUGUCCUCUUCUGUUUGUAUCUGUACAUUGUUUUAGAACAUGUGUAGAUGUUUUAAUUCUUUGUUAUAUUUAUUUCUUUUAUGUUCACAGUUUGGUCUGUUGUUGUAACAGACAUGAGAUGAUGUUAGAGUAACAUUGUACUUUUGGGGUCAACGUCCCUCUGCGAAACAUGAACAAAGCUGCAUGUAUCAACUCCUGUAUUUUAUGAGUUAAGGAUGUCUGCUGGAAUGUUUCCAUGUUUAGUUUGUAACUUGUAGGUCAUGUGUUGGAAGUUCUUCAAAGACAUUUAAGCGAAGCUGUCCCCGAUACCAAACAGUGCAGCCAAGAAAAACUUAUUUAUGGUCACUGAUUGCUUGUGACAAAAGUUGUCAACUAUGAGUUGUAUGUAAAAAAUGUUUACAUGGUGAAUGACUGAUGUGUUGCUGAGAAAAUUGUGAAGUUGGUACACCACAAUGAAAGGAAGGCACCAUGAACCCCCAUCCAUUUUGACAGAUCAUAUUUUCAACAUCUAGUUCUAUUAAUGUGUCUGAGAAAAAUGUAAAAUCUUUCCUUAGAGUUUAGCAGACAUCCUUAAUAGCCUUUUCGCUUUGUUUUAUGAAGUUUUAGUUAUUUUACUACAUGUAAUGAAAUGCAUGCUUUGGUUGGUGUGAGUGUGGUAAAGACGUUUGACACAAGGUUACAUUUAAAUAUUAGAAGCCCCCAACUCACGACAGUCUCUUCAUUAACCAGAUAUUGACAGACAAGCAUUUUAUCUAACUCUUGUUAAAACUAAAAUGGCAUAUACCUGUUGAAUUUAUAUGUAUAAAACAGGUUUCUUUUCGACAAGAAUUAAUCCAGUCUUUGAUGCCAUCACCAGACUUCCAUGUUUGUACUCUCAGAACACAAACGGUGGUCCUUCACUUCGUUUCUUUUCAAUCAUUUUGGAACAUUGUUAUUUAAGUUCUACGUUCCUAAAGGCUGGUUAUUCUGCAGCAAGACUAUUGAAAUCUGAAAUUGUACAAAUGUAUAAAUAUGUAUAUCAAUUUUGUAUAAUUGUACAUACAAACGCUCUUAGGAGAACCAUGGUGUAGAUUUGGAACCGACAUGCAUACAGUGUUAGUGCUUGUGGCUCUGGGUUAUGCUGAUGUUAAAUAUAACAAUGAUGUCAUGCUAGUUACCUGUCCAGAACAAACCUCCUUGUUUUCUUCCUCUAGUCCAACUGCUGAGUGUAUGACAAGCUUUCAUUUAUAUCACUAUCCUAUGAACCUAGACCAAUUCUUUAAAACUCUUCUUUCAAAACUGAUCUCCCACUGAAGUAUUAUUUUCUAUUGCCGUUACUGCUAUUGAGUAAAUAAGCCUACAAUUAUCCUAAUUUCAAAUAUACUUCUUUCACACUUUUGUCAAAACAAUUAGGGGCGGUGGGGUAGCCUAGUGGUUAAAGCCUCCGCUUGUCACCCCGAAGACACGGGUUCUAUUCCCCACAUGGUUACAAUGUGUGAAGCCCAUUUCAGGUGUCCCAUUGUGAUAUUGCUGGAAUAUUGCUUAAAACAGCGUAAAACUAUACUCUCUCACUCAAAACAAUUAACUUAAUAUUAUUCAAUUAUAUUAGACAGAUAUUCAUGAAUGUAGACUAUGUUUCAUUCCUACCGAUUAGAUGUUAAACCACUAAGUCUAGUCACUGUCAGUCAUGUGAAAAUGACAAACUGCUCAAAUCCCAGGUAGACUAAGGAUUUUGCUGUCAUGCCAGUGUUAUAUGUUACUAAGGUAACUAGAGGAUAAAGGGAAAUAACUAACUGUACCACAUUGUUACAAAUUCAGGCUUUAUUUUUGAUUCAGCAACUGCGCUUGCAUCUUUUUUUUUUACCUUUUAUUUAUGCUGACAAUAAAUUUUAUCCAUGACA